AUGAUCAUUUCAAGGAGUGCAGCCCUCGCCUCGGCUCAGCUUCGCGCUGUCGCCCGGCCCCAGGCGCUGCUCCUCAACACCAGUCGACCCAUCUUCCUCGGCCAGAGGCAGUUUGCAUCCGCAUCCGUAUCCGCAAGCUCUGGCUUUGUCAAGAUCUCGGACGCGAUCAAAAAGGACCACCGAGAGCUGGAGCAGUACUACAACGAGGUCAUCAACUCGUCGGACCAGGAACAUCAACAGAAGUUUGGCAACCAAUUCACCUGGGAGCUGGCUAGGCACUCGGUCGCUGAGGAGCUGCUCGUGUACCCGGCCUUUGAAACCCAUCUUGGGGAGGAGGGUAGGAAGAUGGCCGAGCAUGACCGCAAGGAGCAUCACGAGGUCAAAAUCCUGCUCAAGGAAUUUCAAAACAUGCGGUCCAGCGACCCCGAGUACGUUCCCAAGUUGAAGGAGCUCUGGGCCAAGCUGUCUCGACACAUCAAAGAGGAGGAGUCGCACGAUAUGCCGGCGCUGGAGAAGGCAAUUGAACUCGACGCCGAGGCGUCCGAGACGAUGGCCCGCAGCUUUCACAGGACAAAAAUGUUUGUGCCGUCACGGAGCCACCCCUCGGCCGGCGAGAAUCCGUACUUUGAGUCGGCAAUGGGACUCAUGGCCGCGCCUAUGGACAAGCUGGCAGACAUGUUCCGGAAGUUCCCGGACGCAGCCGAGAAGGAGGGAAGGAAAUAG